AUGUCCGGCCGGUUUGUGCGCUCCUCAAAGUAUCGUGAGUAUCCUGUGAUCGGCAUCGUGAUAGCUUCCCCGCUGACCGUUGGGAAACCUGGCAAGGCCACGUCUUCGGGCGAGCAAUGCUACGAUAACCUUCGAGUCUCGCGAAAUGCGUGGGAUACCAACCUGAUCAAGGUCAACCCGAAGCACCUUGCCGUCAAUUGGGAAGCCGGUGGUGGUGGAGCUUUCGCCGUUAUCCCUCUUGAGGAGCGAGGCAAGCUUCCCGAGCGCAUCCCUCUGUUCCGUGGCCACACCGCAGUGGUUCUCGACACCGAUUGGAAUCCCUUCGAUGAUGAUUUGAUUGCCUCGGGUUCCGACGACGGAAAGGUCUUCCUCUGGCGGGUUCCGGAGAACUUCACUGUCCGUCCCGACGCCGAAGCGGAUGACAUUCAGGACAUUUCCCCUGUUGGAAAGCUCGCCGGCCACCCCAAGAAGGUCGGCCACGUGCUCUUCAACCCCGCGGCGGAAAACGUGCUGGCAACGGCCUCGGGAGACUACACUGUGAAGAUUUGGGAUAUUGAGGCAGGUGCGGCCAAGCUCACCCUGAACGUUGGUGAUAUUGUCCAGUCCCAGGCGUGGAGCGCCAAUGGCUCCCUGCUGGUCACCACCUCCCGCGACAAGAAGCUGCGCAUUUGGGAUGUCCGUCAGGAACGGCCCGCGCAUGAGACCAAUGGACACACUGGAGCCAAGAACAGUCGUACCGUCUGGCUGGGCGAGCGCGACCGGAUCGCGACCACCGGUUUCUCCAAGAUGAGUGACCGCCAGCUGGCGCUCUGGGAUAUUCGUGCUGUUCGGGAACCCAUCAACGGCUUCAAGACCCUGGAUUCGAUCUCUGGCGUUUGCAUGCCCUUCUGGGAUGAGGGUACCAGCUGCCUUUACCUGGCUGGACGAGGUGACGGAAACAUUCGUUACUUCGAACUGGAAAACGACAAGUUCGAGUUCCUGUCCGAGUACAAGUCCGCCGACCCCCAGCGUGGUAUUGCAUUCAUGCCUAAGCGCGGUGUCAACAUGCACGAGAACGAGGUGACCCGCGCCUUCAAGACUGUCAACGACAGCUACGUCGAGCCCGUCUCUUUCAUCGUCCCUCGUCGGUCGGAGAACUUCCAGGAUGAUAUCUACCCACCUACCUUCGGUCUGACCCCCGCUAUGAACCCCUCCGAGUGGUUCGCUGGUAAGGAGGCUAUCCCUCCGAAGAUUUCCAUGGCCAGCCUCUUCGAUGGUGAAGGCAUGAAGGAGAUUUCUGGCGUUCAGGAGAAACCUACCGGUACUAUGGAUGCCCCUGCCCCUAAGCCUGCGGAGCCCGAGCCCGUUGUCCCCAAGGCCGCUCCCAAGGCUACUCCAGAGCCUGCGCGUGAACCUUCCCCGGUUGCUCGGCCUGCCCCGUCCAUGAAGGAGCAGGGUGCCUCUAUGGCUGCCAUGGUUUCGAAGUUUGCCGAUGACGAGGAAGUUGAGGAGCCUGUGGACGAUGACUCCAGCUUUGAGGAGGUUCCCAAGCCCGUCGAGCGCCCCGCUCGCUCGGCUGUCGCCGAGUCGUCUUCUCCACGAGUCAGCAGCCCUCUGCGACCAAAGGAGCCCGAGCCUGAGGUGAAGCCCCAAUCUCCUGCUGAUACCGCUUCCCCAUCCUCGCCCGUUGUCGAAUCUAGCGUCCCCGCCACUGCUGUCCACAAGGACAUCGAAGAGAUCAAGAACCUGAUCGCUCAGCAGACCAAGAUCAUCGCAGACCAGGCCUCGCAGAUGCAGAAGCUGACCUCCGAGGUUGAAGCACUGAAGAGCAAGCUGAACUAA